GUCAUGGAGGUGUCCUCUCACAGCCUCUUCCUGCUGCAGCAGCUCAACGUUCAGAGAGAGUUCGGCUUCCUGUGUGACUGCACCGUCGCCAUCGGAAACGUCUACUUCAAAGCUCACCGCGCCGUCCUCGCCGCCUUCUCCAACUACUUCAAGAUGAUCUUCAUCCACCAGUCCAGCGAGUGUAUAAAGAUCCAGCCCACGGACAUCCAGCCGGACGUCUUCAGCUACCUGCUGCACAUCAUGUACACCGGCAUGUGUCCCAAACAGCCGGUGGACCAGAGCCGGCUGCAGGACGGCAUCAAGUUCCUGCACGCCUACCAGCUGUGCCGCAAACCGGGCGAGGGCGCCACCGACGCCGCCGCCGACAUGGUCCGCAUGUCCAACCUGUACGGCAUCCAGAUCUCCUCCCAGCUCGCCAACAAGGAGGCGCCCGGAGUCCCCAAGACCACCGCCGUGUCCCGCGGGGCCCCGGAGGACGGACGGCGGGGGGGACGGUCCCACUCGCAGCUGUCCCUCGCCGUGGGACUGGAGGGGAUCCCGUCGGACCGCCAGGCCUCCACGCUACGCAACGUGUGCUCCGUGGCAUCCGGAGACGACUCGGACAUCUCGACGCGCAUCAAGCAGGAGCGGGUGGAGGAGGAGGAGGGCGAGGAGUGCGAGGCGGAGGAGGGGCAGGGGGCGGGGUCUCCGUCUCAGGGCAGCAGUCCCACUCAGAGCCUGCUGUUCAAAGAGCGGCCCCUCGUCCUGCUGUGUCCCCGCUGCGGCGAGCGCUGCUCUUCCCCGGAAGACCUGCGGGAGCACCUGUUCAGCCACGCCCUCGACCCCGCCCGCCUGAUGGAGGGGCUACCGCAAGGCGCAGAGCUGGACGCCGGCGUGGAGGAGGGGCCGGCGGGGGCCCAGGAGCAGCUGGACGCUGGCUGUCUGGAGGAGGCGCUGAGACAGAGCCAGGCGCUCGCCAACCAGCUGGCGGCGGAGCUGCGAAGGAGCAGGGGGGGAGGCGGGGGGAGCAGCCCCACCCCCGCCGUCCUGCACUCUCGAAAACGGAAGAUCGCCUGCGCCGUCUGCAGCCUGCGCUUCGCCCACAAGAGCCAGCUGCAGGAGCACAUGUACACGCACACGGGCAAACCGUCACGCUACCACCGCUACAACCGCCUCUGCAGCCAGCUCUUCCAGGCCUCCGCCCACUUCUGCGAGGGCGCCGCUGAGCCCGGGGGAGGGGGCGGGGCUUCGUCCGGCGCCGCCGUGCUCCCCGAGGAGGUCAACAGGGACACUCAGGACAACGGCAGCUCCUGCUACUCGCUGGACUCUGAGAUCUCCCAGGAGAGCGUGGACGGCGUCCCCGUGGAGUGA